AUGAAAAUCUAUCUUGAAAACAAUACUACAACUGUCGAACAACUUUUACAACAAAUAGAUAUAUCUGAUAGUGGUAAUUUAUAUUUAGCAUCAAUUGACACUCAAAGAAUUUUUCAAAACAAUGAAAAUCUUACAAACUUGAACACGCAAAAUUUUAUUUUGCUUGAAGAAAAUGAAACGUGUGUUGUUUCAAUAGAAAAAGAACGGAGUCUGUCGAUAACUGAUAACAAUGACAAUACAAAUGAAGUUGUUCGUCAACGAUUUCGAACAUCAGCAACGAUUGAAGACAUUAUGAAAGAAAACAAUAUUGAUUAUCGUAAUGAACAGUUUCUCCACGAAAAUGAUUUUGUUCCGGCGGAAAGUACUCCAUUAUCAUAUUUCACAUCACCCAUACAUUUUCAAUUGGUUGAAACAAUUUUACCGUUUGCUGUGACAAUCAUUAACGCCGAAGAUAAUAAUUAUUCAUUGACUUUUUAUUGUUCAUCAUCGAUGAGUAUUGAACGAAUUUUAGAAAUUGCAUGUCAACUGUUUCGAAUAAGAAAGAAAUAUUAUUGCUUGCAUCAUAGUGGACGUAGCAUAGGUGAAGGAAUCGCCCUAAAAGAUCUCGAUACCGUUGAUGAUAAGUUUGAAUUUCAAUUAAUGUACAUGGUGACAAUCAAAUGCCUCAUAUCGUAUACAAAUCAAACAACAAUUUUACCUGGCAGUGAAGAAAUGAAAGUGUUAGAAAUCGUUGAAUAUGCACUGGAAUCCUUACAUAUUGAAGAGAGAGAUAUCGACUCAUACGAGCUAUUCUUAAUACGAAAUGAUAAUAAAUCACAAGUUUGA